AUGAAUAGUAAUAUUUUAAUUUAGGUUCCUAAGACGCAAACAAAGACUCUUAGAAGAGGAGAAAAUCAAAUAACAAUCACUCUAGAACUUCAGGAUUCUCGCAGAUUGCAAUCUAAAUUAAAUGUGUCAUAUAUUUAAUUGAAGUCGGAUGAACGAUCUCAAAAGGUAAAGGAAUAAAAUAAAAGAGUCAAAUAAUUAUUAGAAUAAUUUAGAAAGGAAAGACUACAAUAAGAAAUACAAUAAAAGUAGUUAGAACAGCAGAAAGAGGAAGUGAUCAAACAAAAACUAUUACAAAUAAAGGAGAAAUUCAAAUUAUUGACAACUGAAGAAAUAAAGGAGCAUCAAUAUAAAUAUAAGAAAUAUUAACAAGAACAUUAAUAAUAAUUGACAAUCUUGAGAGAUCAAAAAAAAUUAUAAGACACUUACUUCUCACAAUAAGUUUAAUCCAGAUUGAGGAGUAGAACAUAUUAAGCUUAACUUGAAAUUAUGAAGGAAGAAGAAUAAAAAAGAAAAGAUAAUGUAGAGAGAUUAAGAAGACAAAUUAAAGAAAGAUUUGCGUAUGAUAAUUUUGUCAAAGAACACUUUUUGCCUAAAAUCUCUCAUAGCAUUGAUUUAACUAGUCAAACUAUCAUCAAUUAAAAAUCAAGCAAUCAAAUGUCUCCAAUCAAAAGUGAUUCUAGGGUUCUGGGAAAUUUAUAUUUAAGAUAAAUUAGAAAAUUACCCAGAAGACCUAGAAUUUAAUCUUAGGCUGUGGCAGAUCAAUCAUCAUCAUCUACAAUAAAGCGAGACUAUCUAUCAGAAAUUCGACAGCAUUCCAAGAAAAAGACUCCGUAAACUCCCCUUGACAUCAGAUUUUAAGCAGACAGGUUGGAAAGAGAGUCUAAAUAAGCAUACACAAAGAGUAAGCUAAAAGGUGAUAAACUAUUGAUGGAAUCAAUAAAAAAAAAAAUGCUAUUGUUAGAAUUAUGA